AUGUGGGGCUGCAUAACAGAUUUCUUUACCUACGAGACCACAAAGUCUGUGGUGGUGAAGAGCUGGACCAUUGGGAUCAUCAACCGGGUUGUUCAGCUGCUUAUCAUCUCGUACUUCGCAGGAUGGGUGUUUUUGUAUGAGAAGGCCUAUCAGGAGCGAGACACCGCUAUCGAAUCGUCGGUGAUGACUAAAGUGAAAGGAUUCGGAGAGCAUCACAACAAGACCAUGGAUGUCGCUGACUAUGUUACACCUACACAGGGCGCCUCAGUGUUCUGUGUCAUUACUAAACUCAUCACUACUGAAAACCAAGCGCAGGGUGAAUGUCCUGAGAGUGAGACGAAGUUUAAAUGUGAACAUCAUGAUAACUGCACUAAAUUAAUUUCCAAGCCCGGCUCAAACGGUCUGCUGACGGGAAGGUGUGUGAACUUCAACAGUACAUUUAAGACCUGUCAGAUCAGAGGAUGGUGCCCCGCCGAGAUCGACGACAUUCCAAUUAAACCCAUGAUGGAGGUCGAGAACUUCACCAUAUUUAUCAAAAACAGCAUCCGCUUUCCCCGCUUCAACUUCACAAAAGGAAACUUCUUACCGACCAUCAACAGCAGCUACAUAAAGAAGUGCAACUUUGACUUUGAGAAGAACAGCUACUGUCCCAUAUUCCGAAUCGGAGACGUGAUUCGAUUGGCUCACCAGGACUUCACCACUCUGGCUAGCAAAGGUGGUGUGAUAGGAAUAAAGAUCGCUUGGGUGUGUGAUCUGGAUAGAGCGGAGGACGAGUGUAAGCCUGCGUACUCGUUCACCCGACUAGACGGCAUGUCGGAGAAAAGCACCGUGUCACCAGGGUACAACUUCAGGUACGCAAAGUAUUUUAAGAGGCCUGAUGGGACGGAGGCCCGAACGCUGCUGAAGGCAGUGGCGAUUCGAUUUGACGUGAUGGUCAAUGGAGAUGCAGGAAAAUUUAAUAUGAUUCCGACCCUGAUCAAUAUGGUGGCUGCGUUUACUUCAGUGGGUGUGGGCGCUGUUCUUUGUGACAUAAUUCUGCUCAAUUUCCUGAAAGGAGCCGACCAGUACAAGGCAAGAAAAUUUGAAGAGGUGUCAGAUAAACAGAUUGAAAAAUCGCCCUCGUACAUCAGCGGAAUGUACAGGACCAGAGAGCACAGCCAGCUAUCCAUCCGACCCGAGGACAAGUUCUCCAACGACUCGGGCGCGUUUUCCAUCGGACAGUACGGUUAACCGCGGCGCCCGAAUUAGAACGAUAUGACGAUACGAGUCUUAGUAUGAAAUGCGCUGUAAAUAGCUGUUAUCAGAUUCUACUACUGAAUUUAAUAUACCUGGUGUCCCAAAGGUAACGCUGCAGCUCGAACAUCCUUAUUUA